AUGAAGGAGUUUGACAUGACUGAUAUGGGGAGCAUGAACUAUUUUCUUGGAAUUGAAGUUAUUCAAAAGGAGAAUGGGAUUUUCAUUUGCCAACGAAGGUAUGCUCUCGAGGUUCUUAAAAAGUAUGGUAUGCAAGAAAGUAAUAUGGUUGCAACACCAAUUGUGCCAGGUUCAAAACUGGAUAAAGAUUCCAAAGGAACAAAAGUGGAUGCCACUUUCUUCAAGGAACUGGUUGGGAGUUUGUUUUAUCUAACAUCAACAAGGCCAGAUAUGAUGUAUAUCACAAGUUUGCUGAGCAAGUACAUGUCCAAUCCUACAAAAUUACACAUGCAGGCAGCAAAGCGUGCUUUGAGGUAUUUAAAAGGAAUAGUUGAUUAUGGUCUCUUCUACAAGCACUGUACAAACAUAAAGCUACUUGGAUUCACAGAUAGUGAUUAUGCGGGAGAUGUGGAGGACAGCAAAAGCACAAGUGGUUAUGUAUUUAUGCUAAGCUCAGCAGCCAUAUCUUGGAGUUCAAAGAAGCAACCAAUUGUAACCUUAUCAACAACAUAG